GUGGAGCUACUCAACUCGGUGGCCGAGGAUAGCCGCAGAGAGGGGCGCGGGGAGCAGUCGGAGCGCAUGCGUCGAGCGAUUUUCACUCAGACGAUCCCUCCCUCUCAGUUGACUUACAGCCGUCGCGAGUCGGCGCUGUGCCGUCAUGUGUCGUUCACCAACUUUCUCGAGUAGUGAUGUGAUACGGUAUCACUGUAUACAAAAAAAUAUGUACGUAUAGACAGUAAAACUUGGACAGUUAAUGUGAAUAGUGACAAUAUAUUUUUUUUGCCAAAUGUUGUCGUGAAAUUGGUUUUAAAACUGCAAAAAUAGCAAAAUGAAGUGGCUAAUGGUGGUAGUGACUAUGAUGGUAUCAAAAACAAUUACGGCUGGGAUUGCUCCCCCUGGAUCUUGUCCUGCAGUGUGUGUGUGCAAGUGGAAGGGUGGAAAACAGACUGUAGAGUGUGUGGAUCGGGCCCUUAUUACUGUGCCUGAACCGGUAGAUCCUGCUACGCAAGUACUCGAUCUUUCAGGAAAUAAUUUACAAAUUCUUCCUCAGGAAGCUUUUGCGAGGACUGGACUUGUGAACCUUCAACGAGUGUAUUUACGUAGUUGUAAUAUAGGUCAAAUAAACGACCAUGCAUUUAAGGGCUUAACCAAUUUAGUUGAGCUGGACCUCUCUCACAAUUUACUCACUCAAAUACCUUCGAACAGCUUCAAGGAUGCUCCUUUUCUUAGAGAUCUUACGCUGGCCAGCAAUCCAAUUUUAAAGUUACAUUCAGACGCUCUCAGCAAUCUAGGAAGCGUAGUUAAGCUCGAUUUAUCAGGAUGUGAUAUUAGAGAUAUAGCAGCAGAUGUGUUUAGGAAUUUACACUCAUUAGAAUCUCUGAAAUUGAACGGUAAUAAUUUGCGAGAUCUUCCUUUGACUUCCUUGGAGAAAGUUGAAAAACUAAGAGUUAUUGAUUUGUCUGAUAAUCCUUGGAUCUGUGACUGCCGGCUUCGCGAUCUAAAAAUGUGGCUGUCGAAACAUAAAUUAUUUUCUACGCCUAGUUGUGCGUCACCAAGUCGUUUAGCAAAUAAGCCGUUUUCGGAGUUGUCUCUUGAAGAGUUCGCCUGUAAGCCAGAAAUUUUACCUGUAAGCAGACAUGUGGAGGCAACUGUAGGUGAAAAUGCAACCAUUGUAUGUAGAACAGAGGCCAUGCCGAGUGCAAAUAUCAACUGGUACUGGAACGGGCGUUUGUUACAAAAUGGAACCAGUUUUAAUUCACACCAAAAAAUAUAUAUUUUAGAAGCAGGUGAAGUUAAAAAGAAAUCAACACUUAUUCUUACCAACACACAAGAAUCUGAUUCAACUGAGUUUUACUGUGUUGCUGAAAAUAAAGGAGGGAAUGUGGAAGCUAACUUUACCGUUCACGUCACUCAAAUGGCUGCUGGAAUGGCGUCUUUAGGAAGCGCUCAAAUAGCAAGUCUCGGAGCGGCUUUGUUUUUGGUUAUAAUUGUAAUCUCGCUUGGUUUACUAAUAACUUUUGUGAGAUUUCGGCCAGCACCUGCAUGUGAAAGUAAAACUCCAAACACUUUAGAUAGAGUCGUUUCGGGAAAUGAGGUUCACCCAACAGUCACUGAUAGACCGCAUGUAGCUGUUUUGGCUAAUAGACAAGACUCUCCAAACUACGACGAUGCCAAAUGUAACCCAGUUUUAAAACCACCGAGGACAAGUGACAUACCUUACACGACAAAUCACUACGAGGGUCGGGGAAGCUUGGUCACAACGGGAGGACCAGUCGUAGUUUCUCCGACUGUAUCCGGAGGAAUCGACCCUGAUCUCAUUAACGAUACAAGACCAGAAAGCGUCAAUCGUCCAGGAAGUGGGGAAUAUGCUCGAGAGACCUCCGACUCUUUGUACCCAUCUGGUCUUUGGGAUCAAAUAAAGAUGAAUCAAGCUAAUAAUUUGGCUCGAGCGAUCAGUUCAGCGAUACCUGCCUAUUACAAUGAUCGAACACCAAUAAUAGAAAAUAGUAGUGUAAGUGGAUCGCAGGAAGAGUUGGGAUAUAUGAGCCGGACAUUUCCACGAUCACAUGCGAUUUCCACUGCUAACGCUGGUCCAGUGGACGCCCCAUACCCAGUGGAUUAUGGGCUACCAGUGGGUGGAGCACGCACACUGCGAGUGUGGCAGCGUGCUCCGCCAGUGCUUCCGCCAGUAUCGGCUCUCAAACGAGUCCUUACAAUCACGAGGCCAUCUGACGACGGCUUCCAAGAUGGCUGUGCUACUGAUGUAUAGGAUGAUGAUGAAUGUUACUAUCUCUAAAUGUGAAUAGUGUAAAUAAAAUACCUGUACGUCGUAAAAUAUCGUGUAAUAGAUUUUGUAUUAUAAUAUAAUAAUUUAUUUAUGUGUACUUAUAAUAAUAAUAAUUAUUAUUAAUUAGUGGAAAGUUACAUUGGGUCCUGAUAUGUAGGAUCCACGACUGAUUAGUUGAAAGAAGUAACAGUAAGUUAUAACGUGAUAUGGAAUGGUAUUAUAUAAGAUCGCCAAAUGAUUAAUGUUAUUCUGAAUGUAAUUUAUCCUGAAUGUUGAAAUUCUGAAUAGAUGUUACAUAACUAACUAAUUACUCAUAAAAUUUAAAGUCUCAAUAUGACUACGAGAGCAAAAUAUCCAAAGAAAUCCCUCUAAAGUAAUAUAAUGAUGUGUAGUGAAACACAUUAUUGUAUUACAUUUUACUAAUGUAAUGCACGGUAAAUGUUAUUUGAUGUAAGAUAAUGUAUGUGAAUACUUUAUGUUGAAAAAAUAAGAGUUUUAGAGGUAAAAAUGGGAGAGUAAAUAAACAAGGCGAUUAUAAAACUGA